AUGUCAGGAGAGGAUGAGGUGGAUUACACCACGUUGCCCCUUGAAGAACGAUUGACGUACAAGUUAUGGAAGGCACGCUUGGAAGCUUAUAAAGAGUUGAACCAGCUCUUUACAAAUUCUAUGGGCGAAGUCAAGAGAGAUGGUAGUAUACAAGUGUACUGGAGUGAUCCUACAUUAUUUGCACAAUAUAUAACCGAUCCUAAUGUGGUUGCUCAAGAGCAGGCCAUCGUUGCCUUGAAUACUUUAAUAGAUGCCUUUGCGUCAUCUUCUUUGAAAAAUGCACAUAACGUCGCUUUAAUAUCAACAUGGACACCGCUACUUGUAGAGAAGGGCUUAACAUCGUCAAGAGCUACGACAAAGACGCAGUCGAUGAACUGUAUCCUCUCACUUUGUGGUCUUGACACAUCUAUUACACAAUCUGUGGAAUUGAUAGUGCCUUUUUUUGAAAAAAAACUACCGAAAUUAAUUGCAGCGGCAGUCAGUUGCGUUUAUGAGUUAAUGGCAGCAUUCGGGCUAACUAAUGUGAGCGUUCAAACGUUUCUACCUGAAUUACUAAAGUACGUUCCCCAACUAGCCGGUCAUGGUGACAGAAACGUUCGAUCACAAACGAUGAACUUGAUUGUGCAGAUUUAUAAAAGUACCGGUAGCAACAGUGACCUGUUAGAAGAGAUGUUGUUCAAAAAACUGAAGCCCAUUCAAGUGAAGGAUCUUCACAAACUGUUCGCUAAAGUUGUUGAUGAGCCAUCUUCGUCAAAGAGGUUAUUCGAAUGGGAAAAGAGAGAAUUGGAAAAAAAGAGAAAACAAGAGGAAGAAACCAGGAAAAGAAGGUCUCUGUCAUCGAACAGUAAGGAGGAAUUCCUGGUGGAUAAAGAUGGAGAUACAUUGAUGGGUAUGGAAGCUGAUAUACUAUCAUCGGGUAAGCAAGAAGCUAUCCAAAUAGAUACCUUCAGUAUGCUAGCAGAAGAGACAAUCCUUGACAAAUUGCCUAAGGACUUUCAGGAGAGGAUAACGUCGUCCAAAUGGAAAGAGAGAGUAGAAGUACUAGAAGAAUUUUGGGAUAACGUUCUAUCACAGACGAAGAAGUUGAAAAGCUCCUCACAAAAUUAUUCCAACUUAUUGAGCAUAUACGGACAUAUUAUCCAGAAAGAUGCGAACAUUCAAGCUGUCGCACUAGCCGCUCAAUCAGUGGAGCUAAUCUGUGACAAGCUAAAAACACCAGGGUUUUCCAAGGAUUACGUUUCAUUGGUCUUCACACCCUUAUUAGACAGGACAAAGGAAAAAAAGCCUUCUGUCAUAGAGGCUGUUAGGAAGGCAUUACUGACCAUUUGUAAGUAUUACGAUCCGCUGGCUCCCAAUGGACGCAAUGAAGAUAUGUUGAAAGACAUUUUAGAGCAUAUGAAACACAAGACGCCCCAAAUCAGAAUGGAGUGUACACAAUUGUUUAAUUCAAGUAUGAAAGAGGAAAGGGAGGGUUACUCAACCUUGCAAAGAUAUUUAAAGGAUGAAGUAGUACCCAUCGUGGUUCAUAUCGUUAACGAUACACAGCCUGCAAUAAGAACUCUCGGAUUUGAAAGUUUUGCCAUUCUGAUUAAAAUAUUCGGCAUGAAUUCAUUUUUGAAAACAUUAGAACACUUGGAUAGUUUGAAAAGAAAGAAGAUUGAAGAAACGGUCAAAACGCUACCUAAUUUCAGCACCGUAAACAGUGGCUCCCGUAGCACCAUUGAGGCAAAUAAACAAACUGGGCCCAUGGAAAACAAAUUUCUACUGAAAAAAGGUUCCGUGCUUCCAUCAAAGAGAAUGGCAUCUUCGCCAUUAAGAAAUGAUAACAAAAGUAAAUUGAGCCCCACAGGCUCGGUAGCCUCAGCAACAAAACCGUCAAUAGUAGCCAAUACUAAUAAAUCUAGAGUUCUGUUAACAUCUAAGUCUUUAACCACGCCAAAAAACUUGGUAGCUAAUAGUGGUGACAAAAAUGAAAAGUUGAUUGAAGAAUAUAAAUACAGAUUGCAAAAACUACAAAACGAUGAAAUGAUAUGGACCAAAGAAAGGCAAAGCUUGCUGGAAAAGAUGAAUAAUUCAGAAAACUACAAAAUCGAUAUGAUCAAAGAGAACGAAAUGCUAAGAGAGCAACUAAAGGAGGCACAAUCUAAAUUGAACGAAAAGAACAUUCAACUAAGAUCCAAGGAGAUUGACGUCAACAAACUAUCCGAUAGAGUAAUGUCACUAGAAAAUGAACUUAGAAACAUGGAAAUCGAAUUGGAUAGAAAUAAAAAAAGAAAUGAUACGAACUUGCAGUCCAUGGGUACCCUUUCAUCGUACUCCAUACCUUCUUCUACAAUCUCAAGCAAUUAUGGAGUCAAAUCGCUGUCUUCUGCGUUACCAUUUAAAGAAGACGAAGAUGUAAGAGAAAAAGGAGAAGUCAACUAUGAGAGACGAUCAAGCGAGUCCAUCGGAGACUUGCCACACCGUGUGAACUCUCUUAACAUACGGCCGUACAGAAAAUCUGGAACCGGCAUGCGUGGUGUCUCUGAAGACUUGGAUCUCGAUUUCAAUGAUAGUUUUGCUUCAGAAGAAAGUUAUAAGCGUGCCGCGGCAGUGACAUCUACACUAAAGGCCAGAAUUGAAAAAAUGAAGGCCAAAUCAAGACGAGAAGGGACAACCACGACAUAG